CCCAAGUUACUGCUCGACACCAUCACGACAACACCGUCUAUCCAUCAAGCCAUCAACAUCAUCACCAUCCCGCCCGUCGGUAUACAUACCACACUACGCACCCUCUACCACCACCCUCUACACCCUCUUCACACACACCCACCUUCACAAUGGCUGAGGGAAGCGCAGAGAGAGAGGUUCUCAAGGCGGAGAAGGAUUUUUCGCCGCAGCUGGACAAGGAGCUCCCAGAUAUCGUUGCUCUUGCUAAGUCAGGUGGCGGUUUAAACCUUCCCCAAGCCAUCGAGAAACUCAUGAUGCUCGAGAAACAAACCCGCCAGGCUUCCGAUUUACCAUCCACCACCCGAAUACUCGAGACGAUCGUUACAUUGUGCAAGGAGUCGGGUGACUGGAAUCUCAUGAAUGAGAAUGUCCAAAUUCUGUCGAAGAAGCAUGGACAGCUCAAGAUUGCGAUUACGAAGAUGGUGCAGCUCGUGAUGACAUUCUUGCCCGAGACCCCCAACAUCGAAACCAAGCUGGCGGUUAUCGAUACUCUACGGGUGGUGACGGAAGGAAAGAUAUUUGUUGAAGUCGAGAGAGCUCGCAUCACGCGAGAACUGUCCAACAUCAAGAAGUCGCAAGGCAAUCUCGGCGAAGCAAAGAACGUUCUUUGUGAGCUGCAGGUGGAAACUUUCGGUUCGAUGGACAGAAAAGAGAAGACGGACUUUAUUCUUCUACAGGUCGGCCUUUGCAUCGAACACGGUGAUUACGGUCAGGCCUUGAUCCUGUCUCGCAAGAUCUCGACCAAGUGGUUCACUACCGAACCCAGCAAAAAGGACCAGGAGAUCAUGGAGUUGAAGCUGCGCUUCUACGAGCAACAGAUUCAACUCUCCAAGCAGGACAGCAAGUAUCUAGAUGCGUGCAAGAACUACAGGGCCAUCCUCGACACUCCCAGCAUCAUGGCGGACGAUGAGAAGCUCAAAGUUAUACUGGAGAGGAUCAUCUACUAUGUCAUCCUUGCCCCAUAUGACAACGAGCAAUCCGACCUACUGCACCGCAUCCACGCAGACCCCAACCUCCUCCGCCUCGUCCCGCAGCAAGACGAACUCCUCAAGAGCUUCACCAUUAUCGAGCUAAUGCCGUGGUCACGCGUGGCGCAACGGUUCGAGACGAUGCUGCGCGCUACCGAGGUCUUCGGCGUCGACGACCCCAAGGGCCCCAAACGCUGGGAAGAUCUCCGCAAGCGUGUGAUCGAGCACAACGUUCGUGUGGUUGGCAAGUACUACACCCGGAUCACCAUGGACCGAUUGAAGUCACUGCUGGAUCUGGACGAGGAUGAGACCGAGACAUAUCUGUCGAAGCUGGUGUGUGAGAAGACCGUCAACGCGAAGAUCGACCGGCCGGCGAGAAUCAUCACUUUCGGACAAGCCAGAGAUGCGGACGACGUGUUGAACGAGUGGAGUGGGAACAUGAAGAGUCUUCUAGGUCUGCUCGAGAGAGUUGACCAUCUCAUCACAAAGGAGGAGAUGAUGGCCAACAUCGCGCCGAAGAUCAAGAGUAAGGGCAAAGGAGUAGGAAAAUAAUCUAGAUGCUGCAACUCUUUAGCGAAUGAAAGUGACCACUUUGUAAAAUAAUUGGGAGCAUGGUCGAGGUUUUUCCUUCUUCGGGCUGGUUCAAUCAAUUGAGACGUUGAUUUGGACUGUUGUGUCCUGGUCACUGUCCGCCUGCUAAGGCCCUGUUCGUCUCACGAUUAUGUCGUUAUUUGCGGACCUAUCAUGGAACGGCCGG